AUGGGAAGUUCCUCCUCUAAAGCAGAUAUAACAAAAGGAAGAAAGGAUGAUGUCAGAGUUGAAGACAGAGAGAAAGAUGUAAGAAUUGUCGAAGUAUGGAUUGCUCGAAGAGAGUUAGACGGGAUUUUGAAUUUUGUUCAAAAAAUUCGUCGGUAUGUCAUCCUCAGACUCAGCAACGGACAAUAUGUUUGCUCUCAAAAGGAUACUCAGGGCUAUGUGUGGACAACCGUUUGGAAUUCAAUGAGAUCGGCGGCACUCUCAACUUGGACAAAUGAUAGUGUACCAUCUACCCAUGUUAGAACCUCAUGUUAUGGUGAUUGUAAUUUCUCUUGGCGAGAGUUUCAUGACUGUGUGCCAGUCGGUGAUGAAUUCAAUCUUUUCAAUGACCAUAGUGAGAGCUUUGAAGGAAGAAUUGUAAGAAUUCUAACAGGAAAAAAAGUUAGUUGGUUUCCAAUUGAAGAUGGUCCUACUUUUUAUCCAUAG